UUUGUUAUUAUUUUUACUCACAUGUGUUUGGAAUUUUGGAGUUUCAUUUUUCAUUUUUACUGACAAGUAAAGGGUUUAAUUGAUUUAAAUAAAUAAAUUUGAUACGGAAAGGUUUGCGGUGUUAGUAUUUGAGUUAAUUGUUGAUGAUAAUGGCUGGUAUUGCAACUCAAGCAAGAAACUUACAACUGGGUUUGAAAAAAAUUAAUUUAUCCAGUUUUUUAAGUUUAGGUUCAGUAAAAUCAUACUCUGUCUUUCCACCUUCGUAUGUAAAACCAAUUUUUAAGAAAGAUCAGCAAGCAUUGUUGCAAGAGACCGGUGAAGCUGAUCGUUUAGCUCAUGUACCAAUAAAACCAGCUUUUCAUGAUGAAACUUGUUCUGAAUUUCAUGAUCCAAUUGCAAGAAAAUUUACAAAUUUUAUUAUGAGAAAAGGAAAAAAAGCUUUAGCACGUAGUUUAUUGGAGCAAUGCUUUGAAACCAUAAAACGUAGACAAUUAGAUCGUUACCAUAAUAGCAAACCAGAAAAGCGCAGUCAAAUUAUAUUAGAUCCUCUAGUUAUUUUACAUAAAGCUAUCGAAAAUGUGACUCCUGUAAUGGAACUCCUGGGCAUUAAAAAAGGAGGAAACACUUACCAGGUACCCGUGCCUGUGACAGAAAAUCGCCGGAGAUUUUUAGCUAUGAGUUGGCUAGUAAAAACAUGCAAAGAAAAAGAGGCCAGAGCUCCUUAUGCAGAGGUUUUGGCACAAGAGUUAAUAAAUGCAUCCAAUAAUACAGGACGUGUGGUGAAGAAGAAACAAGACCUUCACAAACAGUGUGAAGCCAAUCGUGCUUACGCUCACUUUAGAUGGACAUAAAUAAUAAUUAUAAAAAUUAUUUUAUAAAUAACAGUAAAUAAUCUUUUAAUAAAAGCAAUCAUUCUACUA